AUGCAAGCUAUAUUUUCUUUCAGCUUAAGAGUCAUGAUUGAGUAUUUAGAUCCUGCUUUUAUCCUCAAAAACAAGAUCAAAGAAUUAGAGUCAGAAAAUGAAUUACUUCGCAACCAAAAGGUGGUGGUGGAGCUGAUAACCACCCCAAAAAAGAAAUCACCGCAACUACAGAGUUUGAAUAAUGGACAUGAAAAGAAGGAUGAGUUUGAAACACCACAUGUGGAGCAAGAAAAGACAAAGGUUUCUGUUUUUAUGGUGCUUGGAAUCAUUUUGUUAGGAGUUGGUUUCGGAUAUUGGCUGGUGAGGAAAUAUAUUAUUUCUGAAGAUGGAGAAGUUGAUGUUGGAGUUGCAGUCACGUGUAUUAUCCUGAGCACGAAAGACACCCCUUUGGCAAUGGCUGCAGUGGGGUCUUGUUUGGGUGUAUACUACAUGAUCACGAAGAUUGUAAGGAAAAUGCCAUGUAGGAUCUAUGCAACCCUCAAAGAGCUCAGCCUUGAAUUUAUGAAGAGGAACAAUUUUGUUAGCCCUAAAGUUGCUUAUGAAACAGCAACUGCUUUGCAGGUAUAG